AUGGACGAACCCACGAGUUCUGGCCGGGAAAAUGUGCACAAAUACAAGAGCAAGUUCAUGGGGAAGCUCUUCAAGGAUAAGAAGCCAGCGAACGACGCCGAUGUCGAGAUCCACGCAUUCCUUCAUGGGCCGUCAGAUAAGCUGCAUAUGAUGCCGAUUGAGGACCCUCCUAAUCCACAAUCUCUAUCACGAAUCGAUACGAAUAGCGCGCGGAGAUGGCCAACAGCUGCCGAGGUACAAAGUGUUGGAAGGACCACGAGAGGGCGGCCAGUCAGUCCAAAACAAAGUAGAAAGGGACUGUCCGUUCGAUUCACAAAAGAACAUCCCGAAAUAAUAGGAUAUGGAGGCGAUGAGGCUACUUCACCAGUCUCUGAGAUGAUUGCGAGGAGGUCACAGUCUCAACAACCCCGCCAUCAGCCACCUGAAGAUCAAGCACGCUCUCCUGGUUAUAUGCCCAAUGCUACUGGAGCCCCCGGAAAUACGCAAGACUUUCGACCUGGGCCUAUGCGCCGUACACAGACUGGUUUUGAAUCAAUACUGGAACAAAGGAGCUUUGCUGGAAGCUCAGCUCGUACCCCACGUCUAAAUACUGAGGAUGAAUAUUCAAACAAUGUUUCUAUAAAGACGGACCCAUAUGAUCCAACAUCAUUUGCAGCCAGAGUGAAGGCAGAAAUGCAAGCAGCUGAAGGUAAAGCUUUACACGCCGCUCGCUCCCCAGACGUGGACCACCUACAGCCUGGACCCGCCCAAGGUUUUGAUUCUGAACUCACACCCCAGUUAAGGGAGCUUCAUAUGAAUACGAUGAGGAACAGCAUGAUAUCUGCUUCCCCUGGCUUUCCAGAUCAGCUUGUUCCUGGGCGGCCUCAAACACCCGCCGACUCUCAGAAGUCAGCCUCUAUUUCCGGCAGUCCCGUCCUUCUAUCUCGUACCUCGACAGCUCAGACGUCAACGUCACAUAGGUCACCAGCAAACUCUAUCACAGAGAGCCCUGCCCCUUUAUCUCGUACAUCCACUCUGCAAACGACUCCCAAUCCAACUCCUCUUAUGGAAUACCCUCUCACCUUAUCUCGUACGCCAACGAUAGGCUUGUCAAAACCAUCGAGCAGUACAGAUAGUCCAUUUACACUGUCACGAAAUCCAACAAUGCAGUCGGCUGUGCUUGCUGUAGGAGACGAAGCUCUACAGGAUUUCUCGAGACGGAUUGCUCAUUUAUAUACUCUGUUCCGCUUAGCUGCAGAGUCUGUCAAGCCCAUUUCGACAUGUUCUCUCGAAGAGUCCGUAAGAACGGCUUUGUGGUGGUUCCUGAGAGGGAGAAUGAAUCUAGAGGCUACAGCGAGAGAGCGGCCCACGUCACCGCAGGCCCAACAAGCCAACGCGUUCGUGCGUCAACAAUCUUAUUCGGAUCUUGGUAAAGCGCUCUGGAUCAUAGAGUCCAUCGGGGAUCAAGUAUCGGACCUUAAGUCUAGAACGGAUGGCUCUGAUAUAUAUGCAGUCGCCAUACUGGAAUCGCACCAAAAUGUCUUAUCUGGGUUGAAAAAGCUGACCAUGUCAAUGAAACGUAACGAUCUUCUACCACGAGAGGAUGCGAUGCUACCGCAGGGUCUAGAUAAUACGAUAUGGGUCCACGACGAAGGUAGUCGGUCCCUGGUCGCGAGUCAACGACAUACCCUAGCGAUUGUUAUGACGGAUGCCUUGCCCCUGGGAGAUUCAAGUUGGAACUUCUGCUAUGGACGUAUGUUUGUUCAGGGCGUUUUGGAGGAAGAUGCCGCAUCACAAUACUACCGAGCUUCAUUAUUGGUAUCUCUGAUUCGCGGUGUGAAGGAAAAGGAGCUGAAAGCUAUGAUUACAAGUCAAGAUGGUUCGCUACAACUAUGCAUCCAGGAAGAUGGGAAACUUGGACCGACGUGGGAUGAUGUUUCAUGGCAGUCAAAAUCCAAUGCCCUCAAGGUAGAAUUACCGCGAGGUUUCGUUCUACGUCUUAACUGCUCUGAGCAGGACUACAGGUUCAUUUGGGGAUCAUAUGAUUAUCAGACUAAGAUCCACGCAAGCUUGAUUCAGCGUCGCGGCGAAGAACUCAUAUUCGAUUCUAUACUCAAGAACUUCAAAUAUGUUGACCAGAACCCGGAGUCUAGAUUUCCGAAGGACAUUUUACCCAACUGUCAACUGCGAGUGUUUGAGAAGAUAUUUGUUGACAAAGCUGCCACUGGGGUUCGCACGAUGCACCGAGGCUUUCGAAUUGCCCUGAAUACAAGCCCUCAGACAAAAACCCUGAGAGGGAUCGACCAAGACCUUCCACCAAAGCUUCCAAUCCAAUUUAACUUCCUUCGUGGAGAAGAUGGCCAACCGGCCCUCGACUUGAAAAUUCACAAUCAAAAAUCAAAUUACAAAGUAGUCUUCGGCUUCAACGAUGCAAGCGAACGAGCUUAUCUCCAUACACUCCUAACGGGCACUGCCCUUAGAGAUGGGGAGGACGUUGUUGCUGAAGGAGCGAUGAAGGCCUUCUCCAUCGCUGGGCACUCUUUUGGAGCGACAAACUCCACGUGUCUUAAGAUGCUCGAUUGGCAGAACUUCCGAAUCUUCAAUGAAUAUGAUGGCGACCUGGAAGGCACCAAUGCUGUUCUCUCUGAUCAUCUGCGCGUGGUUCUCGACUUCAAGACCGGAAGUCUUACAGAUCGUAUCAAUGUCGCGCCCGGCGAAUUGCAACUUCGUCUUGAUGUUAAGAUCUCCAAAGAACUAAAGCUUUUACGGCAACCGCAAGAAGAUAUGACUAUAUCUGUCACUGAGUCACAAGUCUCGCGGGAGUUACCGCAUGAGCUUGCAGAAUUGUUAGGAAUGGUGGAGAAAUCCCAAUCUACUCGGACAUACUUGUUCCCCGGGCUCCAGGAACUACAUCUGUUCCAAGCAGCUUUAACAGGCUUUGUGGUCCUCUACGAUGGCAUGGCAACCUCGUUUAACAUAUCUCGUCGACGAAUGGUUGUCCCGAUCUAUAAGAAGUGGGAUGCUGCCUCAACUCGGUUGCAAGUUGUUCGACGAGAGAAGGUUGUUCAACUAGUUGCCUUCUUUGAAAAUUUCAACCAUGGAGAUUGUAUGAACUUCACUUUGAAAUCGACCGACGUCUUUGAGACCUCGAGCCGAAGUGGCAAACAUUCAUUGAAGAUCGUCGAUGCAAAAUUUUCAAUGCCAAAGGCUCGCGGAGAAGAAGGCUCAGUUGGCCACGAGUUUGUUUGUUUGGAUAUGCCCGAGUAUCCAGGAGAACACGACGACAUCACGAUUGUUUUUGACACUGAUUCUGAGCGUGAUAAAUUCGCACAAGCAUUGCCGGCGCCCUCGAAAAUGGCAUCACGGAUGGCAUCAGUCAGGAGGUAA